UGGAGGUUCAAUUCUACGAGGUUGCAACUUCGGAAAGUUUUCUGCAAACUACUGAAUCUACAAACAGGCAUAGAAGAACAGUAGAAAUUUAAAAAUGGGUGAUUCUGAUGAUGAAUAUGAUCGUAAAAGACGUGAUAAAUUUAGAGGUGAAAGAGGAGGAGGUGGUGGUGAGAGAGAAAGAUGGCCUGAUAGAGAAAGAAAUCGUUCACGAAAUGAGCCAUAUUAUCGUUCAGCAAGAUAUUCACCGCCUGCAAAGAGAAUUCGUCCAUUAGAUUAUGAGGAACGAGGUCCAAGAGGAUAUGGUGGAUCACCAAUGGAUUAUAUGUAUCCAUAUCCAUCAUCUCAUGAUCCUUACGCAAAUUUGAGUCCAUAUGCGAUGCCAAAUCCUCGCGAAUCACAUCCACCACCAGCAAUUUCAGAUGGAUUAAGUCAGCCAGCAAUGAUGAGCUUAAAACAAUUUCUUGUUGCUCAAGACGAUUCAAUCUCUGAUGAAACGGCAAUUUCCAAGUACAACGAAUACAAAUUGGAAUUUAAACGAAGUCAAUUGAAUGAGUUUUUUGUUGGGCACAAGGAUGAAGAAUGGUUUAAACUCAAAUACCAUCCUGAAAUGUCAAUGAAGAGAAAAGAAGAGCAAAUUGAAUAUUUGAAGAAACGAAUUGACGUGUUUGUUGAAUUGCUUGGUAAAGGGGACGUAACAAAAGUCAAUGUUGAUACAACAAAUACCGAAGCAUUGAUUCGUCUCUUGGACACGGUUGUUAUCAAAUUGGAAGGUGGUUGUGAUGACGAUUUAAAGGUUUUAGAUGAAAAACCGAUCGUUAUAAAUACCAUACAACCGAAAAUUGUUGACGACAAGCCUAAAUCUGUUGUAGACGAAAAGGCUAAGAUUGAAGAAAAUGCCGAAAAUGUAUCUGAUAAAACACAAGAUACACCAAAUGAAGAAGUAGAGGAAUCGACAAAAAGCAAAAAACGCCGUCGAACGCACUCUGAUUCAAGUUCAUCGUCCGACAGUUCAUCAGAUUCCGAUAAUUCUGAUAAUCAAAAAUCGAAAAACAAGCCUGAAGAAAAUGGCAAUGGAGUUGAAAAAGACGACGACGAAAGUAAACAGGAUGUAGAAGAAAAGGACGAAGUGCAAUCACUACAAACGGAAAAGAAAGAUGAAGAAAUGGAAAAUAGUAGCGACGAAAAUAAAGAAUUGCAAGAAUCUGAAAUAUCUGAAAAAGAGCCAGAAAAAAUUGAAAUCGAUAAGGUAGAGGUUGAAGUUGUUGAUUUGGCCAAUAUCGACGAAGAUGAGGAUGUGAAACCCAAGAAAUUGGAAGAAUUGCACAAAACCAGUUCUAUUUUUCUUCGCAAUUUGGCACCAACUAUUACAAAAGCUGAGGUUGAAGCGCUCUGUAAACGCUACGAUGGCUUUUUGCGUGUUGCAAUUGCUGAUCCUGUAAUUGAGAGACGAUUCUUCAGAAGAGGUUGGAUAACAUUCAAGCGUGAUGUAAACAUUAAAGAAAUUUGCUGGAACUUGAAUAAUAUUCGAUUGCGUGAUUGUGAGUUAGCGCCAAUCGUUAAUCGUGAUUUGUCACGUCGUGUUCGUCCAGUAAAUGGAAUCACUGCUCAUAAGACGAUUUGUAAGAAUGACAUAAAGAUUUGUGCUAAAAUUGCUCACAGUCUUGACGAAAAGUAUGGCUUAUGGCUUGAUAGAAUCGACGAAUCAGAUGAAAAAGAUAAAUCGACUUUUGGCUUACAAUCAAAAAAUCCAGUUCUUAAGAACAUUACUGACUAUUUGAUUGAAGAAGCAAAUGCUGAGGAAGAAGAACUGCUUGGUUUGUCAAGUGAAAGCAAAGAGAAUAACGACGGAGAAUUCCUUGAACGUGAUCUUGAAUACAUUAGUGUUUUGGAUAAAAUCAUUCUCUAUCUGAGAAUCGUCCACUCUGUUGACUUUUACAAUCAUUGCGAAUAUCCUUAUGAAGAUGAAAUGCCAAAUCGAUGUGGUAUAAUUCAUGCUAGAGGACCUCCACCACAGAACAAGAUAACAUCGAAUGAAACUGCUGAUUAUAUCAAGAAUUUUGAGAACAAAAUAUCACAAUUUUUGGCAAGCACUAUCGAUAUUCCACUUGAAGAAUUGAAAAAAUUGGGAGCUAAAGACAUCGAUAUGGAAGUGGAAAAGUUUAUAACUGCCAACACGCAAGAACUAGCAAAGGAUAAAUGGUUGUGUCCACUGUCUGGGAAAAAAUUCAAAGGACCAGAUUAUGUUCGUAAACAUAUCUUGAGUAAACAUGCUGAAAAGGUUGAGGAAGUAAAAAAGGAAGUUGAGUAUUACAACAACUAUUUGAAAGAUUCAAAACGCCCUCAAUUGCCUGAACAUCCAGCGAAUAAUGCAAAGAAAGAGACUCCAAUGAACGCGCCAAUGUUCCGACAACCACAAUAUGCAGCUCCAAUGCCAUACAAUCCAUAUCCUUAUGCUUCACCAAUGAUGGGUGGUAGAGGACAUGGACGAGGAUUUUCACGUGGUGCACGUAUGGAUAAUGCACAACGACCAUUAAUUCAUUAUCGUGACUUGGAUGCACCCGCUGGAAUGGAUGAACUAUUUUAAGACCUUUUCUAAUGCGAAAAAGUAAUAAAAAAUGAAUUGACAUUUUUGAGCGUAAAUAAUAAUAAUGUUAAUAAUUAUAACCAUAU